AUGAUCUCAGUUCAAGAGCCCGUUCCUAAAAAUAUUGAGACAAUAGUUUUCCCAAAGAAAUGGGAAAAUAAAUGGGCUAAAGAGAUUCAUGAGUGGGCUAGUAAUAGCAAAGGCAAGUUAUGUCAAAUUCAGACAGGUGAAGGGUAUGGAACUCGUGCAGGUCGAGAAUUUUGCACCGUCAUACUAGAUGAAGCCGAUAGUAUGCUGGUAGAUAAUGGUAGGCAUAUUGCUAAACUGGCAAAUCCUUUUCCUGGUAUGGAAAGUCUGAGAUAUGUAUAUAUCAAAAUUUGGCAGGAACUACAUAAAGCCGAACAAGAGCUUACAAGUGAACCAUUGAUCACUGGCGUUAAUAGAAUAGCAAUCAUUAAAGAUAAAAUAAAAGCUUCUAACCCUAUAGAUACCAUUGUAAUACCAAAAUAUCUCAAAACCUAUGCAGUAAAACAAUUAGAUAAAUGGAUUGAGAAUGCCUUAUAUGCAAAAUAUGCUUGCCAUGAGAAUCAACAAUAUAUUAUCAAGUUUAAAAAUGGUGAAGGGACAAUUAUUCCUCUUGAUUACCUAAAUACAGGAGUAAAUCUCAAUAAUACCGUUUGGCCUUAUGGCUUACAUCAAUUUUUACAAUUAAAGCAUAAUUUACAUUUAACAACUGAAACCCUUACUAAUUCUCAUGUAUCAAAUAUGCAUUACAUUAAAAAAUAUGGUAAUAACAUAUUUGGUAUGACAGAUCAUGGUGAAAUUCCUACUUAUAAAGAAAAAAGAUUUACAGAAUUACCUGGAGUAAUAGUUCAAGAUAGUAAUUGGCUUGAUAGUAUUAUUCUUGAAAUACUAGAACAAACUAACCUAAAUAAAGCUGUAUUGAUUAUUUGUGAAACUAUUCAAGAUGUCAAAAUAAUAAAACAAAAUUUAGAAUUAUUCAAAAGUUUAGAUCAAAAUAAUCUAGACACCGAUACUAUUAAUACAAUUAAAACUUAUGUUGAUGAAGAUGAUGCAAAAAUUACUAAAGUUAAAAUAAAUUCUCGAGAGAUAAUCAUAGCAACCAAUAUAGCUGGCCGAGGAACAGAUUUAGAAAUAACUGAAGGAUUAAAACAAUAUGGAGGAUUACAUAAGAUCAAGCAUUCGGACGUACAGCUAGGCAAGGUGAUCCUGGCAGUGGACGAUUAA